UUGUGAAUAUCGGACUCAGUUCUCUUAUAAACAAACUCACCGAAAUGAAAUCCUUCGUUGUAGUUUUCGCCAUCUGUAUUACCGGCGCUCUUGCUGGAAUCACUGAUGAACAAAAAGCUAAGCUCGUACAACACAAAGUCGCUUGUAUUUCUGAAACUGGAGUUUCUGAAGAUGUGGUCAAUAAGCUUAAGGAAGGAGAGCCUGUAGUUUUCGACGACAAAGUUAAUUGCUUCUCUGCUUGCAUGUUGAAGAGAGUUGGAAUCAUGAAACCUGAUGGCAGCAUUGACGAACAAGUUGCUCGUGCCAAGAUACCCAAGGAUUUGCCUCAAGACAAAGUUGACCAAGUGAUCAACUCGUGUAAAGUUCAAGUUGGAAAGGACAACUGCGAAACCGGUGGUAAAGUCUUGGCCUGCCUUGCGAAAACCAAAGCCGUCAAUCUUCUUCACUAAUUAUUCUUGUUUAUACAUUAAAAAUACUUGUUCGAAAACAAUUAUAGUAACAUGAGUACUUAUAAAUAAAUAUGCUUCGUGCACGAUCAUGAAAAUUAGUAUGCUUGUUUAUUCCGAACGGCCGCCAAGGUGUUUCUGCACGUACAACUUCGACUGUAACCUUGAGCCUCCACCUAUUUUAAGUAAUGAUA